GACGCACAUCUUUUCAGUCGCUUUAAUUGACGCUGUUGUAUUUGCUGGCCGUUUUCGACAGGAAAUCUAUCCAAAAUCUGAAGAGAGAAAACGGAACUCUAUCUUAUUGUUACAUUCGUCUGUUUUAAAGCUUGACCUCCGUACGUGACCUCGAAUUUCCGGAAUUCUUUCUUAUGCAAAUUAUCCAAAAUGGCGCUGUGCUUCUGAAUUGUCGUCGUUAUUCCACUACAUAAUUUGUUUUAAACGAUUAUUUAGUAAUUUUGCUGUCCAGUUUAGCUUGAUUAAUUAAUAUUACAUCAAUAAAAGAAUAUGAAGCCGGUCACAUCCAAGAUUUUCUUCGUCUUUGCGUUGUUAGUGUUAUCAGUUGAAAGCCAAGAUGACUAUGAUACGUGUAAUUUAGAUAAAACUGUAGAAGAAAACACAGUCAUUCAGCUGAAAGCUUCUAAGAUGAAUGGUGCAGAGUUUUUGGGUUCAACCUUUCCUGACACAUUAGAAGAGUGUUAUUACAACAUGCUGUAGUGACCCAAGUUAUCCUACAUGUACCGUGGCUGUGUUCAACUAUGAUAAAGAGAAAGAAAUACAGUCAUGUAGCUUAAUCCAGUGUGAUCCAUUAGAUCAGUGUGUGUUUUCAACAAUGGAUAAUUUUACAACAGUGACGAUGGUCAGAACUACACUUACAGUUGAAGAUGAAACGUCAACUGCCAACACUUCCGAAGGAGAAGAACACAUAGGAGCUACUGAAGUAGAAGAAGUUGGAGGAGUUAGUGACGGGGAUUAUGAUGAUACGACAGUUCAACCUCAUAUCACAACUAAGCCAACCUUUACAACACAGAAAACAGCUACAGAAAAGGAAGAAACACAAACAGAAAACGAAGAAACAACUGCUUCAGAGUCAACUGAAGAGGGUAAUGAAGAGACAACAAGUGGAGAUGAGUCAACCAAACCAUCAGAAGCAACUGAAAAGCCGGAAAACAAAGAGCCAACUGAUGCACCGUAUUAUACAACCCUAGGAUUUGAUGAACAAACUGAUGCUAAUGUUGCUAACUUGACAAACUUUGAUCACAAACUUUAUGAUCAAACAUCAACAGGUGCAUUAGUCGCUGCCAUGUGUUUUGGGAUCCUCUUCCUCUUUGCAGUCAUGGUGUUGCUUGGCAAGAGAGCUUAUGAAAGUUACCAAAGAAGACAUUAUUCGAAAAUGGAUUACCUCAUCAAUGGAAUGUACAACUAACAACCUCCAUACUCGCCAUGCUCACAAGGAACUAUGGGUAAUUUAUUUCCAUGGCGACUGAGCAUGCUCAUAUGGAGCUAUGAAGCUAAUGGCGGCAUGCUUCCAAGUAAUUUAUUCAAAAUUAUUAGUAAGCAAGUAUAAUUUUUCAUGCAAUACCAGCUUAGCGUGGUAAAAUAGAUGACUUGUAAUUAUGCUUGCAUAAAAUCAGAUCUACCAUAUUCUAGAUCUUAUAAUAGUAUUUUAUUCACCUUGGCAAUCAUUAUUACAGUGGUACAGAAUUUAAAUGAGGUAAAUAUUUUAAUGAUA